AUCAUCUUCUCUUUCUCACAUCCACACAAAUUUCUCAACUUCCCAUUUCAAAAAAUGGCUCCACAUUUACCAACUACAUUCUCUUCUUUCCAAGAAUCAAUAUGGCAACAGCUUCAGCUGUUCCAAGAAGUUUAUUUCUUCCCAAUCUUCAUUACUCAACAACUCUUUCUCAAAUAAAGCUCAAAUCUUUACAAACCCCACUUAGAAUCCUUUCUCAAGAAUCCAGUUUGAGCUCUAAUGGUGUCCCUAUUAAGAGAAAUUUCGUCGAAAAUUCGCAAUCCCAAGAAAUGGGUGUCAAGAGAAAUCACUCUAGUAGAAGGUUUCUUGUUAGAUCCAUGGGAUCAGACAGUAGUAUUACCUCCUCAGGGUUAUCAAACAAGGUGUUUGGAACAUUGCAUUUAUUAGCAUCACUUGGACUCAUACUGGCUAUGGAUAAGUUGUUAAAGAAAGCAUUUGUGACUGCUGCUAUUAAGUUCCCAAGUGCUCUAUUUGGAAUGUUUUGUACAUUUACUGUUCUAAUGAUUCUUGAUUCCAUUGUUCCUAAGGCUGCAGCAGGAUUGAUGAACUUUUUUGAGCCUGCACUUUUGUUUAUCCAGAGAUGGCUUCCUUUGUUUUAUGUACCUUCUUUGGUUGUUCUCCCUCUUGCUGUCAAGGAUAUUCCUGCAGCUUCUGGGGCCAAGAUAUGUUUCAUACUAGUUGGAGGCUGGUUGGCUUCUCUUUGUGUUGCAGGUUUCACAGCUAUAUCUGUGAGGAAAAUGGUAAAGACCGAGAUGAUAGCUGCUGAGCCCAUGUCAAAGCCUUCUCCCUUUUCUUCUUUGGAGGUGUGGACUUGGGGUGUGAUCUUUUUGGCGUCAUUUGUUGGUGCACUUUACUAUCCAGCAGCAUUGGGAACAAGUGCUAGAACAUGCCUACCCUUUCUACUUUCAUCUACUGUAUUAGGCUACCUAGUUGGAUCAGGGCUUCCGUCGGCUAUAAAGAAGGUUUUCCAUCCAAUUAUCUGCUGUGCAGUCUCUGCAGAUCUUGCAGCAAUUGCUUUUGGGUGCCUUUCAAAGUCUGGACUUGAUCCAGUUCUUGGGGAUUAUCUUACGAAGGCCGCAUCUAAUCCUGGAGCAGGUGACAUUCUGAUGGGAUUUUUGGGAUCAGUCAUCAUCUCCUUUGCCUUUUCAAUGUUCAAGCAGAGAAAGCUUGUUAAACGGCAUGCUGCUGAGAUUUUCACCUCUGUCAUUAUAUCCACGCUAUUUUCACUAUAUUCAACUGCUCUCAUUGGACGGCUGAUUGGGUUGGAGCCAAAUUUAACUAUAUCAAUCCUACCACGAUGCAUAACUGUCGCACUAGCUCUCAGCAUUGUUUCUCUCUUUGAAGGCGUGAAUUCAUCUCUAACAGCAGCUGUCGUUGUACUAACUGGUCUGGUGGGAGCAAAUUUUGUUCAAGCAGUGCUGGAUAAACUUGGGUUCAAUGAUCCUAUUGCUCGAGGAAUUGCAACUGCAUCAAGUGCUCAUGGGCUCGGAACAGCAGCUUUGUCAGCAAAGGAACCUGAAGCUCUUCCAUUCUGCGCUAUAGCAUAUGCCCUGACUGGUAUAUUUGGCUCUCUUAUAUGCUCCGUUCCAGCAGUACGACAGAGCCUACUGGCAAUUGUCGGCUAAACUGGCUGUCUCCACAUUCAUCUUUCUUCAUACCAUUUCCAUCAUUUUGUUGGAAGAUGCCAGCAAAAUCAUUCCAGUUAAGGUUCAGAAGGCAAUGGGAGACUUGCUGCUUCUUCACAAUGUUCUCCCUCUAGAUGCAAGAUGUUUAUAAAGUUAAGUUUUCAUUGUUUCUCGACCACUCUUGGGGAUCUAUCUAGUUUUUGGUUUACUUAGGAUGUGUAUAGAGGCGCAUAUCCAUUGCAAUUCUUUUUGUUGUAAAGCUUUUUCUUGUAAAUUGACAAGAAUUGCUACUUCUAUGAUGAAAGUAAGCACAGCUGGAAUAAAAUGACACUCAAAUGCAUUUAUGA